UACGCAUGCGCUGUACGAAAGCGUGUUUUGGUGUCAACCGCCGCGGAUAGGCUAACGUUAGCCGGAGCAGCUAGCAAUUCUGCAAGUCAUGCUGGGCCAGCCAACGAGGGAAGGCUGGGUGGGCUGAGCUACAUGGGACGACGGUAACACGGAACUUUGGACCGGGCUGGAUUGUAAUUGCGGCGUUUUGUGGACUUUGUGGCAUGGAGACGUAACAAUUAAAAGCUGCUUGACGAAGAUGACAUUCAUAUGAAGAAGGAAAGUGGAGUCUCUCACAAGUGGAAACGUUUCCCUCUGGACUCUCCCUGGCCUGGCUAAUUGUUAAGCUUUAUCAGUCCUCUGGUACUUGUCACUCCAAGGCCCCGUUUUUGUUUUUAUUUUUACUUUCACCUUUUUGUUCCUUUUCCAAAGAAAUGCUUUACCUGAAAAAGUACUUCACAGAGGGCCUGAUUCAGUUCACCAUCCUUCUGAGUCUGAUCGGGUUACAGGUGGACGUGGACACCUACCUGAGCGGCCAGUUGCCAGCCCUGAGGGAGAUCAUCCUGGGCCCCAGCUCAGCCUACACACCCGCUCAGUUCCACAACCUGCGCAACACGCUGGACGGCUAUGGUAUUCACCCUAAGAGCGUGGACCUGGACCAGUUUUUCGCCACCCGCCGCCUGCUGAACCGGGUGCGCCAACUGGAUCGCAUCUCUGUGCCCAGCCCCGAGCUCGACACCUGGCUUGUGCACCGCGACGUCGAGAGUGGCCAGGCGGGCGGGGCCAGCAUCACCCUGGACAAUGGGGGCGGCCUCGAGGACGUGAACGACCUCGACGCUGCCCCGGCCAUGAGGGGGACCGGGGGAGGCGAAGGGGGGCCGCCGGAGACCGCUUACAACCUCAACGUGGCCGACGGCAGCCUCGGGGCAGUAGCCUCCGACGGUGACCAGCGGCAGGACAACGACGACAACCUCAGCAAAGAGGACAUCGACCUGAUUGACAUCCUGUGGCGACAGGACAUCGACCUGGGCGCCGGCAGGGAGGUGUUUAACUACAGCAGCCGGCAGAAGGACAACGAAGAGGACAAGCCUCGCCCGGCCCAGGAGAGCAAGGAAAACAACGAGGAGCAACAGCGAGAAAGCUGGAGGAACGACGUGAACCUCCAGACGCUUCGCUCUGUGGACAUCGAGACGGGAGAGAGCAUCCCGCAGCAGCUGCCUGCAGCGGGCUCACAGACCUCCCUGUCUCUGCAGGAGUGCCUGAGGCUGCUGGAGGCCACGUUCCCCUUUGGAGAAGACCCUGAGUUUCCCACCCCGGCCGCACCACCCGAAGUGGCGCCCCCCAGCGCAGAAGCUCCGUCCACGUCGUCACAUUGCCUGGCGCCCCAGCUGGACCUGGAGCAGCAGUGGCAGGAUAUCAUGGCCGUCAUGGAGCUCCAAGCCAUGGACGUGGACAACAGCGACGCGGGCUGCAGCGUUGACAUAAGCAGGACAUUGACGUCAGACUUUGGACUGGUCCCGCCCGCGGCGCCGAUCCACCAGAACGUGAGUCUGCACCAGGCCUCGCUGGCCAGCUGCAGCCAGGAGUUCCCUCCGGUUUUCCCGCCUCACCCGGACGCGGCCGGAGGGGUGCCGGAUUCCUCCAGCAACUCCAGCCACAUCAACGCCACCUUUGGGUCCACUAACCUCACUGGACUUUUUCUGCCACCUCUUCUCAACGCCACCGGGGCCAAUGUCAGCGCCACGCCCAUCCCGGCGGACCCCUUCGCCGGCCUUCUGGAGGAAUCCAUGCUGGAUGAGAUCAGCCUCCUGGACCUGGCCAUGGAGGAGGGCUUCAGCCACGCUCAGGCCUCGCAGCUGCGGGACGAGCUGGACUCGGACUCGGGCCUGUCCCUGGACUCCAGCCGCAGUCCGGCGUCCCCCAGCAGCUCGGAGACGUCCUCCUCCUCCUCUUCUUCCACCUCCGCCACCUUCUCGGAGGAGGGCGCCGUGGGCUACAGCACCGCUGCGUCCGACUCGGAGGAAGGAGCCGUGGGCGGAUACCAGCCGGAAUACAGCAAGCUGUGCCGCAUGAGCUUCCAGGACAACUUCCACGGCCUCCCCCAGUUGGGAGGAAUCAACCACAACCAUACCUACAACCUACCGCUCGGGACCCCUUUGACCGAGCACCCCGAGCUCCCCAAGAAACAGAACCCCAAGAACUCCAAGCUUCCUCCCCCGACGUCCGAGCUGCUGGACAAGCACUCGAGCCGGGACGAGCGGCGAGCCCGCGCCAUGAAGAUCCCUUUCUCCAACGAGAAGAUUGUCAACCUCCCCGUGGAGGAGUUCAACGAGCUCCUGGCCAAGCACCAGCUGAGCGAAGCGCAGUUGGCCCUGGUCCGAGACAUCCGCCGGCGCGGCAAAAACAAAAUGGCGGCGCAGAACUGUCGCAAGCGCAAGCUGGACACCAUCAUCAACCUGGAGGAAGGCGUGCACCAGCUCAGGCGCGACAAAGCGCGGCUACUCAAGGAAAAGAUGGAGUUCCUGCGCUGCAUCCGGCAAAUGAAGCAGAAAAUGCAGAGUCUGUGCCAGGAGGUUUUUGCCCACGUGCGAGACGAGCAGGGCCGGCCCUACCCGCCCAGUCGCUACUCUCUCCAGUACGCUGCCGACGGGAGCGUUUUGGUGGUACCGCGCGGCGAGCAGAAUCGGCCCAGGGCAGACAAGAAGACCAAGGACAAAAAGAAGUGAGGCCACCGAUCUCGUGGGGGACUUUCUGCACACGGGACAAAGGCGAGGCCCGCCAACCUGCCCGCGCUUUGCUUCCCGUAUUCGUUUGGCCCCUUUUUUUCCAUUCUGCUUCCCGUUAUUUUCCCUCGCUUGCCUGCUCAUCUUUCCGGAUUUCCGAGGCGGGAACAGGGAAUGCAAAGACGUUUUUUUUUUUUUUUAAAGAAGCUGCUUUGUGGAGACCGGGCAGAGGACAAAUAGCAAUCACCCAGGGAGGUUUGUGAAGGUCUGGGAUAGACUUUCAUGGAGUACCUCAAGCUCCCCACCAACUUGAAACUUGCGCCUCUCCUGCCAAAGCUCAAGGGAAAGCGAAACCGAGCCAAGCCAUGAAGACUUAUUAUGACCAGAUCAUCAAGAUCCAAACACAAGAUCAUCAACAUCUUCAUGGGGGAGUACAUCAAGCUUCUGGCCAAGAACUGGAGGUUUCACUCCUCUUUAUUUGAUUCGCUCGCUUGUUGCUUCACCACUCAUCCUUCGGGACUUUCGAGGCGGUAAGAGGGAACGCUUUGUGGAGGUUGGUCGCAGGAAAAAUUGUACUCAGUGAGGAAAGGCUGCGAAACCAUUUCACCAAGGACCUGCAGCUCCCCAAGACCCAGAACCCCUCCCAAAAAAAUUCAAGCUUCAGCCCCCAGCAGAGCUUCUGGAUCCCCCCACGUCCGAUCACAAGAUCAGCAAUUUCCCUGUGAAGGAGUUCCAAAAAGCCUCCGGCCAGAACCCAAAAUCUGCGCUCCGUAUUUCGCUCUUUAUGUACUUCCGAGACGGUGGGGGGGGGGGGGGGGACGGACGGAAAAGAAGACAUUUUGAAGAGGGCGCUUUGUGGAGGACAAAUUCUUCGGUUCCAACAUCAGGAACCGCGCCGAGGGUUUGCGGAAGUAGCGCUGCCUUGCAACAUGUAUCCACGUGUUCUUCUAGAUUUCCAUCCAUGUGCAACGUCAUCUCCAGAAUGUUCGGCUUGAUGAGCUCCGCUGACAUGAACUCCUCAAUCGUUAUGUAGUCCAGGGGUUCUCAAGCUUUUUGGGUUCAGGGACCCCUUAUAGGGGAGAAUUGUUUUUCAAGGACCCCCCCCCACCGCCCCUCAAUACUCCUAUCACCACUCAAACAUACAGUAACUCAAAAUAAACGUUUCAAGCUUGAGAUUUAAGGCUAUUAAUAGUUCGGUGUCAAACUCAAGGCACUGGCGCCACAGCUGGUCUGCUAUCUAAUUUUUGUGGCCCACGACAGCAAGUUCCAUGUUUACUUCUUGUUUCUUGCUAAAUUGAUUUCUUCUUUUGGCAGAAAAUCUGCACAGAAAUUCUACUUUUUUUGCUUGGUUUUACAAGCAUCAAAUCGAGUUUAGAAAAGCAUGUUGCCACUUGCGAAUUCAGCAACUUUUUCUGACCCCUUCUAGUGAUUAUUCACAUAUUGGGGCUUUUAAUUGGCCCACAACUAAGGUAGGGAGGACUAAGCGCUUCAUGCUUUUGGACGCACCAUACAUGAGUAUCCACAUACAUACUGUAAAGGACUAAAUAAGUUAUUGCUAAUUAAUUUGCGAAUCCCCCCCCAAGUUACGCCUUGCUGUGGGUGGCCCGCGGACCCCAGUUUGAGAACCACUGUUGUCUACUCAAGUCAGCUCUACAUUCAAGGCCUGCACUACUUUUUCCUGAGUUUUCAAAUGUAAUCAUCAGAACUUUUUUUUUCUGCACCCUUCUCAAAUCUAAGCGAUUAAUCUCAGUUAGGAUGUGUGUGUGUGUGUCAGUCAGUCAGUGGUGGUGAUGAUGGUAAAACUACUGUAGUCUGGAAUGUCGUGCGGUGAUGGGGGAAGCACGCUUUUUAUGCUCGUAUCAGGGACAGUACUGAAAAUAUGUCAUUUUGUGGUCCUGAAAAGAAUCUGAAGCAAGUGGGAAAUGAGUAUGGACUGUGGAGCCCCAGACCUGAUCUGCUUUUGAGGGGGUAGAAUGGCCAGAAUUAAGAUGAAAUAUAACUUGGGCAUAAAAUAAAAAUUUUAUUGGCCACAAAUCCGCAUUUUGUGUGCAUGUUUUAUCUAUUGUAUGGCCACAAUUACAUUUUUUUUGGUCAUGUUUGGGGCUCCGGUGCACAUUCGGAAUGGGCGUGAAUGCAUCUCCCCUUAUUGUCGUAAACUCUUGCAUCCUGCUAAAACUUAAGCACUUUUUUUGUCUGUCUUGUAAAUAUUUGUGUGUGUGUGUGUCCCCCACCCCCAACCACCUUUUGAUUUAGAUGUAGUUCCAUGUUUGCUGGCAAUCAUUUGUUUUUAUGGAUUAAUAAAGUGUUUUUAUUUCCA